AUGUACUCCUGCGCAUCUCUCGGUGGAGUGCCGACACCGCUGGAGCAACAGGCCUUUGCUUUGCGAGACAAGAGGCCCUCGGACGUCUGCGCUCCAGCGUUCCCGAUGUAUGUGCUUCCUAUCGAGAAGCUCCUGGCAAUGACUGCGCUCAGGGAUCAUGAGGACCUGCUCAGCUGUGGUGACCUUGUCGAGUUUCACCCUCACUUGGGCCAGGUUGUAUUUGUGUCGCAUCAAUGGUCUUCUCUGGAACAUCCAGAUCCUGGCUUCAAGCAGAUGUGUGUUUUGCAAGAUGCGGUCAGAAGCCUAUUGUCCAGCAAAAGCCAGGUUUCGGUGCAAACCAACACCGAGCUGAUAUACGGAAGAGGAAGCCAGAAGAAAGAAUUCCGAGACAGCAUUCCUGACUACAUCGCUCGCUGCCACUUCUUCUUCAUCCUGUGCCCAAUUCUGGGACAUGCUGACACCAACGAGGCGAUGAUGUGGGAGCUUGCGGGUCAUAGCGACUUAAUGCUUAGGAUUGAGAGUGCAAAGCAUCAAACCCUGACAGCACGGCUCACGACCAGGCUCAACCCACCCGGGCUCGGAGCAUUCAGCGUUGAGAGCGAUCGUGCUAAGAUUGGGGAGGUCCUCCAGGUGCUCAUACGAAAAAGAUUGGUUUCGUACCUGAAAAAUGGAGAUUGGCACGGCUACCGAUAUUUGUUAAACCAGCAAUCAGUUCGCCUCCGUGGUCUUCCGGUAGAGCCAGUUCGAGGCUUGGUGCCUCCCAGUGACGCCAAGGAGUUGGCGAACAGCCUGUUGGGGGACUUUUUUCAUCAGAAUGGAUUUAGCCGAGUCGAGGAGAGGGACUCCGCUGGAUGGUCGCCACUAUGCUAUGCUGCUGCAGGUGGCGACCCAGUACUCGUUCAAGAAUUGCUAGGGCGAAAGGCAAAUGCCAAUGACAGCAUCAAGAAGGCCAAGAAAGAUGCGCAGAUGCCAGUCUUCCACCACAGUCCGGCGGAUGUCCUGACAGAUUGGAGCUUGCCAGGUUUGAAGCGUGGCUGUGGACCUACGGUACAGGUGGCCCUGCACCCAGCACUCCAGUCGCGGAGAGUUGCAGAUGGACGAGGCUUUUUAUGGCCGGUAGAGGGCUCAGGAGAGGUAUGUCUCAUGUUGACAGAGCGAAGCCUUGUAUGUUUUCUUCAACAAAAUGUGUAUCGGGAAUCUUGA